ACAACGUGUGCUUGAAAGGAUUUCCAGAUGAGUGUUAUACGCAGGUCCUGUUCUGCUACUCGUUUUUCUAGACUGCUCGCCUCACGCAGCGCAUCUUCUGUCUGUCUGUCUGUCUGUGUCUGAACCUGCUGGAUUUUCAGUACAUCGUCUCAACAGAGGUGCCUUCAGAUUUAUCCCAGUCUCCUCAACGUUAUCCAUCAUGGCUGAGAAUAAACUGGCCUCUUUUGGGAAAAUGCUGCUGAGGCGACGCAUGCUGGACACUUCUCAGGAUGAAACCCGCUUCGCUCGCUGUCUCACCACUCUUGACCUCAUAGCCCUCGGGGUAGGGGCGACACUGGGUGCCGGUGUCUACGUUCUGGCUGGGGAAGUGGCCCGAGAGAAGGCUGGACCUGCCAUCGUGCUGUCUUUCUUAAUUGCUGCCUUUUCCUCUGUUCUUGCUGGUUUGUGCUACGCUGAAUUUGGUGCACGUGUUCCUAAGACGGGAUCUGCUUACCUGUACAGCUACGUGACAGUGGGUGAAAUAUGGGCCUUCAUCACGGGAUGGAACCUCAUUCUGUCAUAUGUGAUUGGCACAGCUAGUGUGGCACGGGCUUGGAGCUCAACGUUUGACAAUCUAGUGAACAAAACCAUCUCUGAUUUUUUCACUGAUUCCAUGUCAUUUCCAUACACCGGGAAAGUGUUAGCGAAAUAUCCAGACGUGUUUGCCCUCAUCCUGGUCAUGUUGCUCACUGGAUUAUUGGCAUUUGGAGUAAGUGAGUCUGCUCUUGUCAGCAAGAUCUUCACCGCUAUCAACCUGGUGGUUCUGACGUUUGUCAUUAUAUCGGGCUUUGUGAAAGGCAACACUGCCAACUGGAGCCUCACUGUGGAGGACUACAUUAACAGCACAAACAACUAUAAUGCAGAGAGCAUUGAAAAAACAUUUGGCUCGGGUGGCUUUGCACCAUUUGGCUUCAGUGGAAUCCUUACAGGUGCUGCUACAUGCUUCUAUGCAUUUGUGGGUUUCGACUGCAUCGCAACCACAAGUGAGGAGGCCAAAAACCCCAAGCGUUCCAUCCCGAUCAGCAUAGUGGCCUCUCUGCUCAUCUGCUUUUUUGCCUACUUCGGAGUAUCAGCAGCGCUCACACUCAUGAUGCCCUAUUACAAGCUGGAUGUUCAUAGUCCACUUCCAGAGGCCUUCAAAUAUGUGCACUGGGACCCUGCUCGCUAUAUUGUGGCGGUGGGGUCUCUGUGUGCCCUUUCCACCAGCUUGUUGGGCUCCAUGUUCCCUAUGCCUCGUGUGAUUUAUGCCAUGGCUGAGGAUGGUCUGCUCUUUCGCUCCCUCUCCCGCAUGCACAAGAACACCAAGACACCUGUGCUGGCCACCAUUGUGUCUGGCAUCGUAGCAGCUCUGAUGGCCUUCUUUUUUGAUCUCGCCGCAUUAGUGGACUUGAUGUCGAUUGGGACCCUGCUGGCGUACACUCUAGUUGCCGUGUGCGUACUCAUUCUCCGGUACCAGCCAGGCAGUAUUGGCUCCAGUGGUGCGAAGCCAAUGGAACUACAGAGGCUGGAGGCUAAAGGAUGUAUGGCAGAUGUGGAUAGCGGGGAUGAGUACAGCCAGGAGCUGGAGACAACACCUCUUAAGGAGAGGUUUUCCAUCAGGAUGCUGGUGCAACCCAUCAGUGAUGUACCCACCAAGAUUUCGGGCAUCAUUGUUUAUUCUGCAACUGGCACCAUAUCUGUGCUGUUCACUCUGCUGUGUGUGAUGCUGGCAAUGUUUGGGGAACAGUUGGGGAUGGGCAGCCCUCUUUAUAUCACUUUGGUUGUUCUCCUGUCUGUUCUGUCUUCUGUCUGCAUCUUCAUAAUCUGGCGACAGCCCCAGAGUAAAGAGGUUCUUACUUUCAAGGUGCCUUUUCUUCCCAUUCUGCCAUUGGUCAGUAUCUUUGUAAAUAUUUACCUCAUGAUGCAAUUGGAUGGACCUACAUGGGUUCGUUUCGCAGUAUGGAUGGUCAUUGGUUUUAUUAUUUAUUUUGCGUAUGGAAUAAGGCACAGCUCUGAGGGUAAAAACUAUUCCCCAGAAAAAUUUGAGCCAAUUCUUCAAGGAAAGAAACCAAUCUACCUGACUGAAGAUGAGAGUGAGGGGACUACACCUUAAGAAGAGCAGCUGGAUUGGUAUGACAGCCAUAUUACAAACGGUUUUGUAAAAUGCUGCAAUUUCACUUUUGCACCUUAUACUUCCUUUAAAGUCUGCAUUGAAAACUGACAAAAGUGGUUUCACUCAACCAUCUUUAUUCAGUAGGUAAACUGUGUAUUUGUUGCUAAUCGUUUGACUGUGUCAGUGUGUGAUGGUACUGUAAGUUUUACAUGUCUAGGCUUCAUUGUGAAAAUAAUUCAGUCUAGUCCUAAGUGUACUUUGUAUGCACAUUUAGAUUUCUGUUACCAGAUCAGAGAUGGGGCAGAACUGUUACGCUUGAAAAAAUGUUUGUGAACAGUGUGUGGUCAUUUAGGGACUUCUUUCUCUCUCAAUGAAUGGGAAUUUGUUAUACAUAGGCUUUAAACAGGCAGCAAAAAUCUCAUUGGGUGUUGCCAACUAAAUUUUUUCUGAUGUAACAUUUGUGUAACGUCCUUCAUCAUGUCCACAUUUACUCAUAUAGCCCACUGUCACAUUCACUAUGUAGUAAAUGUGACUGAUUGCACGAUGAUGCUCAGUCAGAAAAGAAAUUGAAAUUCACAUUUAAAGACAAAUUUAGAUUUGUGUGCUGUGUGAACAAACUCGAUAUGUUUUUACCGGAUCAGAGAGAAUUGAGAGAGUGUAAAAUAACAUGUGCAUUAUUGUUUUGAAAUCAAAAUGUCCUUGUAGUACUUUUAUAAACUUGACGUGAUUGGGAAAAAUGAUACAUGAAAAAUAUUUUUAAAAACUACCUUGUAUUUUGUCAGUAGUUUUGUAUUUGUUGUAUGUUGUUGUAUAUUUUUGUAAAUUUAUUAGAAUGUGUAUUUAUUGUUGAUGUUACUGUCAAAUGUUUUACAUAUUUUUGGCUUCUUUAGUACCAACAAUACAUUUUGGCACAGUUUUCUCUAUUGAACUGUACACAUUUGGGAUGUUAAAUAGGAAAGCCUCAUUGUCUUAAAUGUGCUUAAUAGCA